AUGAGACUCGCUCACAACAACCAGCUCUGCAGUACAUGGGGUAACUAUCAUUUCAGGACUUUUGAUAGUGAUUUCUUCCAGCUUCCCUCCACUUGCAACUACCUCCUUGCAUCCCAGUGUAAGGGAAGCUAUGGCAGUUUCAAUAUUCAGUUAAAACGGCAGGAGAUGAAUGGGGUCACCACCAUUGAGAAGGUCACCAUGAAACUGGAGGGGGCCAUUGUGGAAUUAGCCAACACUUCCAUCAAAGUCAAUGAUAAACUUGUCACUAUCCCAUUCAGCCAGGUUGGCAUUUCAAUUGAAAGAACUAUCUCCUAUGUCAAAAUCGAGGCAAAGCUGGGUUUGGUCGUCAUGUGGAAUGAAAAAGACGCCCUCUGGGUUGAGCUGGAUGCAAAAUUCAAGAAUCAGACAUGUGGCCUGUGUGGUGACUUCAACGGAAUACAGGUUUAUGAUGAGUUCAUCAAAGCAGGGAAGUCUGUUACUCUUGAAUAUGGGGAGGCCUGGAAGGUCAAUGGUCCAACUGAAGAGUGUGAAGAAAUCUCCUCACCAGCCACACAGACCUGUGCAAGUGAAGUAAGUGAAAAUGGAUUUGCUGACCCACACAAAGACUUCUGUACGAACUUGCUGUCAGGACCUGCAUUGCUCAGCUGUCAAAACCUGGUUGCUACGGACUCCUUCAUCGGAGCCUGUGUGAAGGACCUGUGCCGCUGUAAAAACAAUACUUCAUGUUUGUGUUCAACCAUAUCGGAGUACUCUCGUCAGUGUGCUCAUGCAGGCGGGAAACCUCAGCAAUGGCAAACAGCACAACUGUGUGCAAAAACAUGCCCUUUCAACAUGGAGCAUAAGGAAUGCAGUAGUCCUUGUACUGAUACCUGCAGCAACCAAAAGAGAAGCCAUGUGUGCGAGGAUCACUGCGUAGAUGGAUGCUUCUGUCCAAAUGGGACUGUCUUUGACGACAUUACACAAAGUGGGUGUGUUGCUGUUGACUCGUGCUCCUGCUUACACCAUGGCAAGCCGUACAAGCCAGGGGAAUCAUACUCAAGGGCAUGUCGAAACUGCACCUGUACCCAGGGUCAGUGGCGUUGCAAAGAUAUGGACUGUCCUGGUGUCUGCUCUGUGCUGGGUGGCUCCCACAUCUCCACCUAUGAUGGUAAAACUUAUACUUUCCAUGGAGACUGCUCUUAUGUUCUCUCCAAGGAAACAAAUGGGACUUUCAGUGUCCUUGGUGACCUGGCCACAUGUAAAAGAUCAGAUAAAUCAACUUGCCUGACUGCAGUCACCCUACUACUGCCUAAAUACAUGAUGAUUGUAGUAGAAGCCAGCGGACAUGUUUCGUAUAACAAACUGAUCACUCAACUGCCUCUGUUCAUGGAUGACAUUAUGAUCUUCAAACCAUCGACAUUCUUUAUUGUAAUCCACACCAACUAUGGGCUUGAUCUCGAGAUUCAGCUUUCACCCAUUAUGCAGAUCUACAUCAAAGCCAGUGUUUCCAAUAAGGGACAACUCACGGGUAUUUGUGGAGAUUUUAAUGAUGUGCAAGCUGAUGACUUCAGAACCACAAAUGGAUUAACUGAGGGAACGGCUGGGACAUUUGUCAACACAUGGAAGACCAGGACAAGCUGCUCCGAUGUGACAAACAUACUUGGGGACCCCUGCCUUUUGAGCAUAGACAAUGAGAAAUAUGCAAAACAUUGGUGCGCCUUGCUGUCGGACCCAAAAGGGAUGUUUGCAUUGUGCCAUUCUGUAAUAAAUCCAAAACGCUAUCAAGAUUCUUGUAUUUAUGACACCUGUGCCUGUGAUAACAGUGAGGAGUGCAUGUGUGCUGCCAUAUAUUCCUAUGUCCAUGCAUGUGCUGCUGAAGGUGUCUUAUUUAAUGGAUGGAGAAACACCAUAUGCGAGAAAUACACGACUGGCUGCCCUUCUACUUUUGUGUAUGGCUACCAAAUGACAAGCUGUGGUCGCACCUGCCGCUCUCUUAGUCAGUCAGACUUAACAUGUGCGGUUGAAUUUACUCCGCUUGAUGGCUGCGGCUGUGCUGAAGGAACUUACCUGAAUGAGGAGGGUGAGUGUGUGUCUGCCUCACAAUGCUCCUGCCAUGUGGGAGACACAGUGGUACGCCCCGGGCAGGUCAUCAGCGUCCAUGGACAAACCUGCUCCUGUCAUAGUGGAGAACUAAGAUCAUGCACCGAGCCAAUGGUUUUUUUCAACUGCUCAAGCGCAAAGCCAGGUGACAUGGGAUCCGAGUGCCAAAAAAGCUGCCAGACCCUGGACACAGAAUGUGUCAGUACACAGUGUAUGUCAGGCUGUGUAUGUCCUGCUGGCCUGCUAGCUGAUGGUAAAGGAGGCUGUAUUACAGAGGAGAACUGUCCCUGCACAUAUAAUGGAGAAUACUAUAAUUCUGGACAGACUGUCACUGUGGACUGCAAUACCUGCACUUGCAAAAGGAGAAAAUGGGAUUGUACACUUCGUGAGUGUGAUGGAACCUGUACCAUAUAUGGAGAAGGGCAUUACAUCACUUUUGAUGAUAAGAAAUUCUCCUUUAAUGGAGACUGUGGCUAUGUCUUCGCUAAGGAUUACUGCGGAGACGAUAUGAAUGGCACCUUUAGGGUCCUGACUGAGAGCAUCCCAUGUGGAACAACUGAAAGCAUUUGCUCGACUGCUAUCAAACUCUACUUAGGGAACCAUGAAAUUGUUCUUUCAGAGGAAAAUGUCAGAGUUAUCAAACAAAGCAAAGGGGUCGACAUACCAUAUCAAGUCCACACUAUGGGCAUAUAUCUUGUCAUUGAGGCAAAGAAUGGUCUUGUUCUCAUUUGGAAUAAGAAGACAACACUCAUGAUCCAACUCAAGUCCACAUUCAAGGGGAAAGUCUGUGGUCUAUGUGGGAAUUAUGAUGGAAACAUCAAGAACGAUUUUACCACCAGAAACAAAGAAGUUGUGGUUGAAGCCCUUGAGUUUGGAAACAGCUGGAAAGUGUCACCUACCUGCCCUAAUGCAAACACACUAAAAAAUCCCUGCAUGCUGUACUCACACAGGCAGGCAUGGGCAUUAAAACACUGCAGCAUUAUUAACAGCAAAGUAUUUGCUGGUUGCCACUCAAAGGUGGAUCCAAAAAACUAUUAUGAUGCCUGUGUGACAGACACAUGUUCCUGCAACACAGGAGGAGAUUGUGAGUGUUUCUGCUCAGCUGUAGCAGCCUACGCAGCAGCCUGUAAUGAGGCCGGAGCUUGUGUGAAAUGGAGAACUCCCACAAUUUGUCCUCUGUUCUGUGAUUUUUACAACUCUGAUGGAAAGUGUGAAUGGCACUAUGAGCCUUGUGGAAAAAAAUGCAUGAAGACAUGCCGGAAUCCCUCAGGAGUAUGCUACAAUCACAUUCCAGCAUUAGAAGGCUGCUAUCCAAGUUGCCCAUCUGAGCGCUCUUAUUUGGAAGAAGAUACCAUGAAGUGUGUGUCACUGGAGGAAUGUGGCUGCUAUGAUAAUGAAGGGAAGCAUUAUGAAGAAGGUGUGGUCAUGCCUCCAAGGGAAAAUUGUCAAAACUGUUAUUGUUCUUCAACAAAAGUUAAGUGCAGCUAUGACGUCCAAGCUUGCACCUGUUUAUAUAAAGGAAAGAUUUACAAGUAUGGAGAUACAGUCUAUGACACAGGUGAUGGAGAUGGAAACUGUAUCAGAGCUGUUUGUGGGGAAAAUGGAAAUAUUACCAGAAUCAUGGAGACUUGCCCAACUACAUCCACCCAGGCACCAACAACAACAACAGUCUUUGUUUUUACCACGCCAGUUUUUACCACAACAGUGACAGAAAAACCUACUACAACAAUCGUCACAGAAAAACCUAACACAACAGCCACUGAAAAACCUACCACAACAACAAUCACAGGAGAACCUACCACAACAAGAGCCACAGAAAAACCUCCCACAACAACCAUCACAGGAGAACCUACCACAACAAAAGCCACAGAAAAACCUACCACAACAGCCACAGGAGAACCUCCCACAACAACCAUCACAGGAGAACCUACCACAACAACAGCCACAGAACAACCUUCCACAACAACCAUCACAGGAGAACCUACCACAACAACAGCCACAGAAAAACCUCCCACAACAACCAUCACAGGAAAACCUACCACAACAAAAGCCACAGAAAAACCUACCACAACAGCCACAGGAGAACCUGCCACAACAAUGGUCACAGAAAAACCUAACACAACAACAGCCACAGAACAACCUCCCACAACAACCAUCACAGGAGAACCUACCACAACAACAUCUGUCACAGAAAAACCUACCACAACAGCCACAGGAGAACCUAACACAACAACAGCCACAGAACAACCUCCCACAACAACAUCUGUCACAGAAAAACCUACCACAACAACACUCAACCACCACAGCAACGACAGAAACAUCUACCAAAACAAAAGUCACAGGAGAAUCUACCACAAAAGCCACAGAGAAACCUACCACAACAGCCACAGAAAAACCUACCACAACAACCCAUGUAGUAGUAACAUAUCCAGAGGUUACAACAUCAAUAUCAACAAGACAACACGAAAAACAUACCACAACAACAGCCGCAGAACAACCUCCCUCAACAACCAUCACAGCAGAACCUACAACAACAGUCACAGAAAAACUUACCACAACAACAUCUGUCACAGAAAAACCUACCACAACAGCCACAGGAGAACCUACCACAACAAUCAUCACAGAAAAACCUAA